UAGCAGCCGGAACAUGACAACUGGGGCUUCAGCUUCUCCACCUUCUCUACCGGGAACGUACUGAAUGCGCUGAUAUAUAUUCAUUCCAUAUCGCACGCAUGGGUUCACCUCAAUGUAUGUAGCUGACUAAUUAUGGAAUUGACCUGCUCGGUCCAUGUUCCUGGUGCUCUAGCUCCAAUGCUGGAGAGUUCGAUUCGCAACCCACUGAAGAAAGGUCAGGUCCUGUCCCACGCUCGUACUCCCAUAUCGUUCCAGGGAACAAUGGUCGCCGGUACCCGGAUCCUCAGGGGAUAUAAGUGCUCGUACCGAAGUUUUGGCAUUGGUCUCCUUCCCCCGCCUUUUCAUUAUCUUCGCUUGCGCCCGAUGUCUAUCCUUGAUCUCACUUGGGGGGUGGCGUUGGCAUUCGCUGUCUUUAGUACGGUUCUCUCUGGCAUCCUUACCGUGCAGGUUUGCGUCUACUCUGCGAAAUUCCCACACGAUUCCUUAUUCGUCAAAUGCACAGUUUGGACAGUUUUUAUACUCGAAAUUUUGCACAACAGCUUCACUUGGAGGCUCUUGCAUCAUUAUCUGAUCGCUUCUUAUUCGAAUUUCUCCAAACUUGCUCUCGUUGAAUGGGGUAUCACACCCGCCGUGAUCUUUCAGGCCACUGUCACCUGCGUUGUCCAACUGUUUUAUGUUAGGAGAUGUUGGCUGGUCAAUCGAAAGCAUUGGGUAAUCCCGAUGAUUACAGCUUUCCUGUCAUUUGGUUCCUUCAGCGCAGGUUGUUACGCAGCCGUUGCUGCCAUUCGGACGAAGAAGUACGCAAAAUUUCGGAAAAAUACUCCAGUUGAACCCAUAUGGAUAGGUGCUGGAGGUCUGGCAGAUAUCCUGAUUUUUUACUGCAUUAUUUCCUCGAUUCGCGGAUCACGAAUGGGAUACAAACCUAUUGACAAGGGCCUGAGGAUGCUUGGCGUGUACGCCUUUUCCACCGGGGCCGUUACCACCAUUUUGAACUUCUUAACUAUGUGCAUGUACUACCUAGAAAGUAAAUCCCUUUGGCACAUCGGUCUAAGCUUCGUGCUAUCGAGAUCGUAUUCCAUCAGUCUAAUGGCCUCGCUGCAUUUAAGAGGAGCCUGGACAAAAGAUCCUGAGACUGAGUACAUCUCGGGUACAGCUCGGAACCCUUGGUUCAAGUCUAAGGAUGAUGGAACCGAUCCCAUCAGCAAGGAUAGCACUGGCGGCACCAAUCUGUCUGGUGGUUCAGUCAUCGAGAUACGGCGGAUGUCGCCCACUGAAUAUGCAAACUCUUGACUCACACAUCCAUCACAAAUUUUCGGGCCUAUGAUAGUUGCUUGACCGACCAAGGGCCGGAGAUUCCAUGAUAUUUGUUUCCCCUUCGUUGUCAUUGUUAUUUAGAUGGAUUUUCUUAUUCACAUUCGAAACGACUUCCCUGAGUUUGUGAGAGGUGAGGGUGAGGGUGACCUUGCGGCCUAUGAUGAUAUUUUCAAACAAAUGAGCAGGUGCUACUCCAUGGCUCAUGGUCGUGUGGUGGUGCGGCUAUUCCGCCUGGUUACGCAGCAGCGUAACUAUGAGGUGAUCAUUCACGCAGGCCAAGGCAUGAAGUGUGGUCUGUUGAUGUGGCAACCCGACGUAACGCGGUGACAGAGGUACGCUGCCAGGCACCCUAUCGCCAAUGUGGCGCACCAAGUCGUAC